GAGCUUUAUUAGAGGCGAUGCCCGAAGGGGGAGGGGCCACUCUUUCUUUUCCUGUCGGAGUAUGGUGAUAGAUAAGUAUAAGACCCCCUGCAAGAAUGCGAUCACAUUGAAAAAAUCAGUCAUUGUGUUUCCUUGCCUCCAACAUGCAGCAACUCAUCCUGCCCGCUCUGCUGGCAUCUUGCUGGACCCUCUGCACAGAAGCAGGAGAUUGGUGCUAUCAGACACAGUUCAGCUUGGAUCAUCCUUGCAAUGUGCCAGAGAAGUGGAACCUAGCCAACAGCCGCUGUGACGGAAGAUCCCAGUCUCCCAUCAACAUCGUCACCAGAAAGACUUUAAAGGAUAAGCGUCUGACUCCUUUCAAGUUUGAUAACUACCAGCAGAUCUUCACAGGCAUGAUCAAGAACAAUGGCCAUUCAGUUCAGGCUGGAGUUCCUCACCUGAGCACCGUCUCAGGUGGAGGCCUGCCAACCAGCUACAAAGCGGUGCAGUUCCACCUGCACUGGGGCAACAACGGAGGGCCCGGCUCCGAACACACCAUCGAUGGAGAGCAGUAUCCCAUGGAGCUGCACAUUGUGCACAUGAAGCAGCAGUACACUGAUCUGACGACAGCCCUAUCAGACCAAGAGGGAGUUGCAGUCCUUGGCUUCUUCUACGAGAAGUCAAAUAGUGCAAACCGAAAGUAUGAACCCAUUAUAAAUGCCCUGCGAAGCAUCAGAAAUGCAAAGGACAAUACUUCUCUGAUUGCCAUCUCCUUGGCACAACUAAUCCCAGCUGAGCAGAAUCUGACCAGCUAUUACCGCUACAAGGGCUCUCUGACCACCCCAGGGUGCAAUGAGGCUGUGAUUUGGACCUUGUUUGAGAGUCCCAUCCCUCUCAGCAUGGAACAGUUGCGGGCAUUCUCUGAGCUCAAGUUUCACGAUGGAAAGUCGAUGGUAGGGACCUUCAGGCCGGUCCAGCCCCUUAACGGUCGGCAGGUGUCCUGGUCGGGAGGUGCAGUUAUCCUGGCCAGCUCCUUCCUCCUCAUGGCUGCCAUCGCCACGGCCUUGGGACUAUCCCAACCCAACUAAAGAGUAGCAUUCUGUGCUGCACUGCGACAUCCAUGAACAAAAUUAGUUCUGUAUCACUCCUUAGCUGAACCCCGGUUUGUAACAUCCUCAUCGCAUGGUAGCUAAGAUGAUAGACCACGUCGUAGUGCAGGCAGGACUCACAGUGUUCCCCUCUUACAACACAAAAUGAAAACGUCUUACGAAUGGUGCUGUAAGGGUUCGAUCAGCAUUCAUGCAUGCAUAGCAAAGUCUCAUUUCAGCAUUAUGAAUGUGCCAUAAAGCAGGUUACCAAGCACUCAUACUGAAUUCAAAUGCAACACCAGAUCCCUGAGUCAUGCCCUCAUUUUCACAGCGUCAUUCUACACCAGCAAACACUCGCACACUUUAGACCCCACCCUCCUUGCCCAAUGUCAGGUAAAUUUAGCCUCUGCUUUAUGUUAGUACCAGUGGCCAAUGUUUGUUCCAAUGUCAGCCUCAUGACUUGCACGUGAUGUGCAGUUCUCAAUGGGGCGUGUGAACGGCAUGGAGCUAAUAAUAGCAGAACUGAGUCAAAUAAACACGCUCCAUUUCAAAGCCAGCGGUCAAAGGAGUCAGCAGAUUGGCUUCUCUUUCAAAGUCCAGGAGCGCACGCCGAGGCCAUCAGGUGAACCCUGUGCAGUCACUCAGUCAGCAGUAACUCUGGGAAAGCAUGGAGGUUAAGGGGCGUGAGGUCUUGCAUUUCUUCAUGGGAAUUCACUGUCAGGCUCAUAACUGCAGUCUUUUACCUACAUAAGUCAGAAGCCAUGUUAGCACCUGGCAUUAACAUAGGCAUCAAGUGAUCUGAACACAUGUCGAAAUACCUAAUGCAUCAGUUCAUACCAACAUUCAACAACAACAUCAAGCGGCAUGAUACACACAUGGUAUUACGUUGUAGCAUGUGUCUUUUCUCACGGGGUUUAGUAAAAAAUACUUUGGAAAUCAAUACUCUGGAAAUUCCUGCUAGGGAAGAUCUUGAAGUGUGUGAGCCCCUGUCCCCAAUUCAUCCCCUAGUAUGAGAAGUACAACUGCAAGCCUCCCGAUUACAAGAAAGAAAGCUGUGCAGUGUGAACAGUACAACUUUGAAAGUUGUGUUAAUUAACCUUGCUUUAAAAAUGUGGACUGAGUGAUCACACCUUAAUGAGUCUUCAAUGCAUAUUGGGAGUAAUCACCUCUGUACUUAGAGUUGAUCAAGUGUGAUGGGGUCACCCUAAACGCAUGUAAACACCAGGUGUGAACGGGGCAGAGAGGCUAAUGUUUAUGCUAAUCAAGUUAGGGACAGUCUGGUUUCAGGCAGAAGUAAAUGGCUUCUGUGGCGCAGGGAAACAUUUAUCAACCUGCACAAAAAAACCUAACAUCUUUAUUUUCAUAUACAUCUCAAACACUCGCAUGAGACUGCAUGUCUUGAUGUUCCGAUAAGUGAGCUGCGUGAACAUGGGCGCUUGAGUUAAGCUGCACACGCACAAAACUGUGCUUGCCAAAUGUAUACACACACCUCAGGCACUACAUUUCCCAUGUUUGACCCAUGACGUCCAGUGAGCUUAUUUUAAAGAACAUGUGACUGCGUUCAUGGCUUGUAUUACAGGGUCUCGGAUGCACUGAAUGUUAUCGACUGUGAAUUACACUACACUGACUUCUCACUCAUCUAUUAAGGAGGACAUGUUAUGUAUUCUAUAGUGAGAGCAAGAAUUUAUGAGAGGAUCAAGCAAGGAAUCUGUAUAUUUUCCAUUGUUUCAUAAGGCAUCAAGUUAUCUUUAUAUGCUGUGUCAUUGUACACAAUAUGUAUUUAUGUAUUGAAUGUGUAUAUUGAUAUAAGACGCAGAGUUAUUGUUAUUUAUGUACUGCAAAGUUUAUAUAUGAAUGCUAACCCAUAUAUGAAGCAUCAAGUUGAACAAUCGAGUUUUCUUAUGAUGUCAUAGCGUAUGAAAUUGUCAGGUUGUAAUGCUUAGAAGUGUCAUGGAUAAUAUGGAGAAUGUGUUCCGACUGAACUAAAUAAAUAAAAUACUUACAUACCUUUUUAA